AUGGGCACAUGUGGUUUGUGCGUUGUGGAUACACGAAUGUCGGAUUUCUGGGACGUGUCACAGUGUUUUUCCUUUUUCAGGUUUGGAGAUAUCGAAAAACGCGAGCCUAUAAUGUGCAUUGAUGAAAUACAAGAAGAAAGAUGGACGGCGAAGUGCUGCAUUUGUGACACUCGGCAAGGAGCAUGCAUAAAGUGCUCAGUAAGCACUUGCAAGACCUUCUUUCACGUCACAUGUGCAUUGCGAAGUGGAUUGGAGAUGCGCAUCGAACAGGACACUGACGAUGACAAAGUGCACAUGAUAUCGCUUUGCUCCAAACAUCGAUCGGCUAAAAAUUUCGAACCGGAUGAGGCUAUCCGUGAUCUCAGCCAGGUGACCGGAUCAGAUGAGGAGACCGAGGUGCAGCCUAGCUCUGGUCCAUUGGCAAGUCUAGAGCAGACUUGCUACGUUUUUGUUGAUUAUAAGGACGUUGCGAAGAGGCUUUCACUUGAUCUUCUAUUUGUAUCGGAUGUUUUCGAGUAUUGGAAAUGGAGAAGGUUGCGAAAUAAUGGCAGGCCUCUCAUCGACAACUUACAGGAUGAGAUAACGAUAGAUGAGCCGGAGCCGAUACAACUCGAACUACCGGAUUAUACUGAGAUUUCCGGUUAUGAAACAGAAGGGAAGGCGAAGAAAAAGCGUGGUCGUCCAAAGAAAGAUGCUGAGGGUGAUGGUGUAGCCACACCGUCUUCAAGUGCAUACGGCGCGAAAAAAAUGACCAAGACCGUACGAUCGUGGGUUCGGUUAUGCAACUCACUUCAUAAGGGACAUGGACUGCUUGGCCUGGUGUUGCGCAAAGCGAAAGAGGACCGAAAUAUGGUUCAUACUUGUGGAGAUGCGGCUAUAUUGAUUGCUGAGCAUAUUUCGCGACCUGUACCCAUUAGCCAACGAACAUUUGCUUAUUUGAACGACAGUGUGGAGCGUCUAUACUCGAAGGAAGUGUUGCAAGAAGGUGAAGCUAAAGCUGAGGAGCCUGGCUUUUUCACGGAAUCCCCUGCAAGAACACCGCCUGCGUUACCGGACGUAAAGGAGGACGAAGAUGAACUGGGUAAGCCGCGUUUGCUGAGAUCUCGUUCUAGCCUUCCUUCUAUGUUUCAACCAUCGCGAAGUCCGGAAAAGAAGACUUUAUCUCUGUCGAAGAGCGGUAUGUUUGCUUUUUAAAG